AUGUCGCGAUCAGCCCCACCCACCCCAACCCGCCGGGCUGAUCCCCUCCAGCAAACCCUCACCGCCCUCACGCAAAUCCACACCGCCGCAGCCAAACAUUGGAACAUCCAACAAGCACAUUACAUCAACCACCUCGAAGACGCUCUAUGCGACUUCAGCCCAGGCGCGGACGAACGGCUUCGCAGACUAGGCGAGAUGGAACGCCAGGCCGGCGGGAUGCAGCAGUACCACUCUACACGGGCUGCGUGGCUGAGUGGUAGCGUGCCGGCCGAUACCCUCUUCUGGAUGCCAGGUGAGAAGGGCGUCGACGUCGCGCGUAUAUCGAAGAUUCAUACAGGACUUGAGGUUUUUGGUCGCCACAAAAUCGAGGGUGACGAGGGACAGAGACACCAGGAGAGACACGCCGACUUGGUGGACACCCUCGAUAUCUCGGAGCUGCAAUUUCAACUCGAGUUGCUUCGUCGCGAGCUUCAUCAGGCGCUGGGAGAGGAAGAGAGGGUCGACGAUCGCAACACCCUCGACAUCUCCAAAGUCCGCCAGAAAGUUUCGCAAUGGCUCGCGGAGGUCGAGGUCGACGAGGAUCGGCAGGGCAUUGAGCGAGCCCAGUUAGCCGCUGACGUCGCUCGCAAUUCCGAGCGCCUUCGCGACACUUCGCUUCCCAAUUAG